UUCCUCCUUCGGCCACCUCACCAUUUUAUUUUGACAGAACCUUCCUUCUCUCAGGACAACCAUGGCUUUCCCUCAGCACCACCUCCAACAACACUACCAAACCCAACCACUACAACCACAAUCGAAAUCAUUCAGAGGUUUACGGACAGUAGAUGGUCAGAUGUCGCAGCAAGUUGCCUUCUAUAAUCCACCUGAUUUGCAAGAUCAGACCCAGCAUCCUCCGUAUGUUCCUCCUUUUCAUGUUGUUGGCUUUGCGCCGGGUCCAUUUCCUCCUGCUGACGGUAGUGACGGUGGAGCUGACUUGCAAUGGAAUUACGGGUUAGAGCCCGAGAGGAAAAGACUAAAAGAACAGGAUUUUCUGGAGAACAAUUCUCAGAUAUCUUCCAUAGAUUUCCUCCAAACUCGAUCGGUCUCCACUGGGUUGGGUUUGUCACUUGACAAUACCCGCGUGGCUUCCACUGGAGACUCCGCUUUACUAUCACUCAUCGGUGAUGAUAUUGAGCGUGAAUUGCAGCAGCAGGACGCAGAAAUACAAAAAUACCUUAGAGUGGAGGGUGAACGAUUGCGGCAAACGGUUUUGGAGAAGGUUCAAGCAAGUCAACUUCAGAGCAUGUCAAUUGUUGAAGACAGAGUCCUACAGAAACUUAAUGAGAAAGAAGCGGAGGUUGAAAGCAUCAAUAAGAGGAACAUGGAACUUGAAGAGCGAAUGGAGCAGUUGACCGUUGAAGCAAGUGCUUGGCAAAAACGUGCCAGAUACAAUGAGAACAUGAUUGCUGCUCUCAAGUACAAUCUUCAGCAGGUAUAUGCUCAAGGCAGAGAUAGCAAAGAAGGAUGUGGCGAUAGCGAGGUAGAUGAUACUGCUUCAUGCUGCAAUGGCCGUUCCAUUGAUUUUCACCUGCUCUCCAAGGACAACAAUGAUAUGAAAGAGAUGAUGACUUGUAAGGUAUGCAGAGUCAACGAAGUUAGCAUGCUUUUAUUACCAUGCAAACACCUCUGCCUUUGUAAAGAUUGUGAAAGUAAGCUUAGUUUCUGCCCCUUGUGUCAAUCCUCAAAAUUUAUUGGCAUGGAGGUCUAUAUGUAACUGGACAGUGGAUACUUAACACGUGGAAUCUCUAAUUUUAUAUUAAAGUUAUGCAUUUGUUUGUUA